AUGAAAGAACAAAAAAGGAGUUACAGAAGUGAGUCCAUAUUCUCCGCCAACAGGAACCUCUUUGAGGUUCUGGAGAGCAUAGACGAUGAGAAGGAAGCAAGGAGAAGUGCGAACUUUUUCAAUAACAAUAAAAAUAUUUUGUUAAAUUUGUUCGUGAAUCCAAAUAGCAACAACCAUGUUGAUAGCAUUCUGUUGGAAAAGAGAAAUUACCUUAACCAUGGCACGAAUGCGAAGAAACAAGAAUGCAAGAAGGUGGCCGACAAGGAGGAGACAAGCAAAGGGGAUGCUAAAACUGUAAGGGAUAAUAGCCCCGUCUGUGCGAACAAAAAAUGGAUUGAACAUUUCUGUUGGUUCUGCUCCCUUAACCUAUUGGAUGAAGUUCUAGAGAAGGAAAUAUAUAAGGAGAAAAUACAUCCACAUGUUUACGAUUUAAUUUAUGAUGAAAAUACCUACUUCGACACGAGUUCCAUGAUGAGUGUACCUUACGAGUUUGCUCGCUUUAUGCUAACCCAGCUAGACAACAACAUACUACAUGAUAUAAAGAUUAAUAAUAUUAUUAAGGAGGAGAAGUACUUGUUUAAAAAGUUCUGUAGAAAAUAUAAGUACAAUAAGAAGUAUAGGGAUGUUGGUGAUGGGUCCGGUUCAGGGAGACCCUCCUCCAGAAGUAGCAGUAGCGCUAGUAGAGGUACUAGUGUCAGUAGCUGCAGUAGCGAUAGUGUGAAGAGCGAUCACAGUUUGGUUUAUGGGAGCAGGGCCGUCAGCGUUCGUUACAGUAAUUAUUUGAAUAUACGGAGGGAUCUAUUUAACAGUGAUAAGGCGGGUUCUGGAAAUGGCUUGGAUCGUAUAAGCCGUGUUAACCGUGUGGAUCCCAUGGGGGGCAGCUCCCGGAAUGAGAGCAAGCUCUUCUACGACAGUAGCAACUUGGGAACCUGCGACAGCUCUGAUCUGUUCUACUGCAAGAAGGUGGUACUUCCCGACCAAAUGAGCAACAACAACAAUUCGUGUGACACGCUCUCCCUGGAUAGUGAAGAAAAAAGCAAGAAGGAGAUAGGAGGACAUUCCAGAUUUCUAGCUGUGGGGGACAGAGUGAAUUGUAGGGGUGGUGAGCAGAUCAGCUCCUCCGUCAGCAACUGCAGCAGUGGUCGAAUUCCUGUAAGGGACAAUGAGGGUAGUCAGAAAAAAAAGUUGAGCGAACCGAACUUGUCAUCUCAAAAUAUUUGGAACAAUCAAAUGGGAAGAAUGGGACGAAUGGGACGAAAUGAUCGAAAUGGCCUUGGUCUCUGCAGCGGUAGCGACCUCAGCGUCGGGCGUAUAUCGCCAAGGGAGAGGAAGGAAAUCAGAUUAACGAAUAGGAGAGACAUGCGCAGGCGCCAUUUCGUUAAGAGGGACAUGCGUAAUAAUGUGCACUUGAAGGGUGACGCGUUGUGUGUACCUUUAUUGAAAAGAAGCCACUCGUUCAGUGUACAUCGCUCGGAAGAGGAAGGAGUGAUACCUAAUGUCGUGAUAAAUGAGGGAACUCUCCCCCAGGAGGCGCGGAAGGAUCACCUCAACACUCGCAGUCAUAGGAUAUACAAUAAGUACAAGAACAAUCUGAACUACAUAAAGCAAUUUUACUACAUAGACGAAACUAAGAAGAAGCCAUUCCCACUAUGUCUAUACAACAUUAUUAAGUCAUACGGGUCGAUUAAGCAGUGUUCUCGUUGUUAUUGUUUUUUUAAUUCUAUCAGUUGCCAUUGUCUGGAAUGCAAGAGGAAGUCAAACAUGUCGUUGAAGAAUCCUCACUACUUCAUAUUUCAACAUGGAUUAACAGCUAGUGUGCAUGAUUUUCAAAAUAUCGUAAAUCCCCUAUUGGUUAAGUACCCCAAUUUAUUCGUAUACAUAACUUAUAGCAAUCAGAGCCAUACCUUUGAAGGGGUCGAUGUCGGCACGGAGAGAAUAUGUACCGAACUGAAUUGUCUUUUUAAAAUAAUUAAUGAAAGAAUUAACGUGUCCAUGAUUGGACACUCUCUUGGAGGAAUUUUAAACAGAUCUGUUCUUAUUAAUAUGUACAGAAAAAAAAUGUUUAAAAAUAAAAAAUUGAUUAAUUUCAUUACUUUUGCAUGUCCACAUAUUGGUGUGCAUGAAAAUAUGAAAAUCAUGAACCUUUUUUCUACAUACCUCGGAGCCCACACCAUUGAUGAUUUGAACAAUAAGACUACUUUGUUACUGAAGAUUGCUAGUGUAGAGAGUAUAAAUAUUUUGAAAAAAUUUGAAAAUAUUAUUUUUUAUGGGAAUGCUCAAUCCGAUUGGCUAGUCGGGAUUCGUACCUCUCUCAUUUUACCUUACACACUUUUUAACGAGGAGCUUAUUAUGUUUAUAAUAGAGCAGGCGAAGAACGUUCCGGAAAUUCCCAUUAACAUUUUCUCCGUGGUACAUUUAUACAUGAGGAAGAAGAAACUGUUGUUUUUUUACUUCUAUCAGGAUUUGAAGAAUCCGAAUUAUCUGUUGAACAAGCGGAAGUAUCAGAAUCGAUUCCUGGACCAGAUGCUACAGACGAUCAUUUCUUCCCGCAAGUUUCUCUCCUAUUCGCAGAGGAAGAAAUUUAACGUCUUUAUGAACUAUUAUGGGGAUUACGUUGCUAAGGAGGAUGGAAAGAAGGGGAAAAUGAAGAGGAAGAAGAAGGCCCCCUAUGAGGACAACACACUUGGCGAUAACGUACGUGUGGGUGAUGUCAGUUCAUCCAAGUCUCAGAGUGGCUGCUCCAAGAGGGAAGACAGUCCAAUGUGGGAGGAACAAAACUCUGGCAAUGUUCCUGUGCAGAUGAACAAGAGGGUGGGUUCGAUCCAGAAGGAGGAUAAGGCACCCGUGAUGCAAAGCCGAAUGGAUAAGCCCUACAUGUCAGACGGAGUGAACGUACAGAUGCUACCCAUUCGUUUUAGGAAGAACGUUAGCACAGCGGAGACGAACCGGAGAGAACGAAUGGGCCUGUACGAAUCCUCUGAUAAGUUGUCCUCCAUGAAUUUUCUGACCAUCGAGUCGAAGAACGUUAGUACCCCCCAGAAAAGUAGGAAGGCAUCCUUCUUUAAGUCACAUACGUAUGAGGAUAUCCACCUGCAGAGGAACAGGAAGAAGGAAUCUACAUCACAGGUGGUCAGUGACACGAACACAAGCGAAAAUGUUAUUGCGCAUGGAGAUGUUAAUGUAAAGCAGAAGGAAGAAUCUACAGAGAGGAAAGAGAAACAAACUAGUUACCAUGAUAAGUAUUUGUGCAUUCCAGAGAAUUAUAAAAUUGUGAGUAACUCCACUGCUAGGGAAAGUGAGGGGGGGAUGUACAGUAAUCAGAAGAUUAACAAGCAUGGAAGUAGUGGCUAUGUGGAAAGAGUAUCUGCAGAGGAUGGAAAAAUCCCUCAAGGGAGUCGUCAUAUGAGUGAUGGUUCCAAGAGCAGUCGUCCUGCGAAGGAAAGCACCACUCCGAUCGGACCAAGUUCCUACAAUGUAAACCAAAGUGACACGCAGGAGAAUAACCAGAAGAAGAAGCUUGAUGAUUACAAGUUCUUUGAGAAACUGUUCUUCGAUUGCCUCAAGAGGAAAAUUAUAAAUGACAUAAAAACAUUGGACGAUAAUUUAAAGAAGAAAAAAAAGAAGAAGAUGGACAUGGCUCAGGGAAAAUCCUUUUCCUUGCAAAAUACCAUCAAUGCGCUGAAGAAUUAUUCCUUAUUUUACUUGAAGAAUGGAGCUGAGAGGAGCGCCCUUGUGGGAUCAGCAGGUGAGAGCUCAGUAUGUGAGGGAAACAGUGUAGAUGGGAGUGAACUCCAGAACCGUUGCCAGAAUUACCAACCAAUGAGCGAGGCCACCCUUACCGUCACGCCGGAUCAAGCUAUCACCCUUGGCGACGCCACAGAGACAGUGCCCAAUGGAAAGACCAGUGAAUCAUGCGAAGAAGAAACGAAAAACCAAUUGAACUGUCCACUCUCCAAUGAAUCAAACAAGAAAAAGGAAAACAACAAAUCACAGUUAUGCGAAGGUAAGAAUGAAGAAUAUGACUACAUAAGUGAGUUCUUUGACACGACAUCUGAGGAUAAUGAGGGAGGUGAGUCGAACGAUGAGUCGUCUGGUGAAGAAAACGUGGGUAGGGGAUGGAAUAAAAAUAAUACUUAUAAUGAACAAGAAGAAAGGGAACAAGCUUCAUCAGAGCAAAUACAUGAAGAGCCUCGGAAGGAAGGCAACGAGAAUCCCAAGAACAAUAUCCGUAUGACCAGUGGGAGGAAGAAGAAGUGGAAAGGAACGACGCUACUAAAAGGGAUUACAAAAAACGACAAAAAGAAAUACAAACAAAUCCUUUUUCAUAUUUAUAGCAUUUCGAAUGAACAGCUCAUCGAAAAAUUUUGUAAGAAUCCCGAACUUCUGUACUAUGAGGUUUUGUUUUAUUGUCUAAACCAGUUGCCCAUCCAACGCUACUCGAUUUCCCUCCCCUUGUAUUCCAAUGCGCACGUGCAGAUUAUUGCACACCCGAGGAUCUGUUCAGAGGAAUCCGCAACGGUCAAGCACUUAUUGGAGCAUCUCAUUCUCUGA